AUGAAAUAUUCAAAAAUACCUUUAACUUCUUCACCUUUGUAUUUAAAGAAUAAUUUAACAAGCACAGAGUAAUAUAUGGCUUUUUUAUCUUAUAAUGCAGAUAAACUUAAAUUGAAUGUAGUCAAUAAAAAAACUAAGUAAAACAUAUUAAUCAAUUUAGAGAAGUACGAUUAAUAUCAAUAGAGGAUUAAUCUAUUCCUACAUCUAUUCAAUAUAUGUCUGAUUAAACUUUGAUUGUUACAACUAUGAAUGGAUAUUAUCUCUAUUCAGAAAAUGGUCAAUAAUAAUAUCAUAAAUUAAGAAAUUAAUUAGGAGAUAUCUCAUAAUUUUUUAUCAGUGCCACAUUGAUAAUUCCAGAAAAUUAACAAUCUUUUUAUGCAAUUGGUUUUGAAAAUAAAAUAAUCUUUAUUGAUCAAAAGACUCCAAAAUAAGAAUUCUUUGGGGUUAAUCUCAAAAAUAUACAACCCACUUGUUUAACCAGUUAUUAUUAGUAUUUGAUUUAUGGAGAUUCCAAAGGUAUUUUAAUAUUAUAUUAAAUAUAGGAUAUAUUCAUUAUAAUAAAUGUUUGGCAAUCCAACAAGUUACAGAGACAAAAUCUUUGGAUCUCUAAUCAAAAGACACAACAAUCCUUUCUGUAUAGAUUUUAGAAAAAAAGGAUUCAUAGCCAAAGAUAUUCAUAAUAGUUGCUGAUUUUAUUGGCAGAUUAACUGUUGUAGAUCUUAUGAAUUGGGAAAUCUUAAGUAUAAUCAAUUCUCACAUUAAACCAAUAACUUCUUUAGCUAUAAAUUAAUAAAAGUACAAAAAUUUCAAUUAAUUUAUUAGGGAAUAUUUUAUAUCUGGUUCUGAUGAUACAUUUUUUAAUAUUUGGAAAUUGAAUCAAAAUUUAUAACCUUAAUUAAUAUAGUCCCAUCAUUUGGAUGAUACAAUAAUUGUAGGAAUUACAAAUGAUAUAUUUGUUGCUGCAUAUGAUCAACAAGAAUUAUUAUAUAUUGAAAAUAAUUGA